AUGAGUGAUUCAAUAACUGAGUCAAAUUCUUUUGAAAGAAAUGCUAAUGCUGUAGUUUUAGAUCAUAAAUAUUUUCUUGUUCGUUUAAUUUACAAGGGCAGAAGUCAUAACUUGUAUUUAGGUAAUUAGGUAAAUCUAAUAGGAAGUGUAGCUUUAAAUAAGGAUGAUCCGAAUACCUACUAUUUAGUAGAAAUGAAAAGGUAUUAAGAAUUACUAUAUAAAAUAGUUAGGAGUAAUACAAUUCCUUUGUUUGUGAUGAAAGAAUCAUUAAAAAAAUGCAUGAAUGUAAUAAUUAUAUUAAUUGAGUUUAGUAUAAAUCAUUCCAAAGACAAUACAAUCAGGAAUAUAUAAAUAUAAGAAUAUGGAAUAUCGAUAUAAUAUAAAGGAAAGAUGUGGACCUUCUCUUAAACUAUGUUUUCAACAUCAAAAUCGAAAAUUUUCUGAUUAAGUUUUUGCUACUUUAGCAAUAGAAGCGGUAAUACUGAGAAUAUAUUUUUAGAUAUCUGUGUUAGAGAAAAUGCAUUCAGCAUCAAUAGUUCAUUGUUAUUUAAAGCCUAAGAAAUUUGUAACAUUACAAAGAGGAGUUCAAUUAUAUUUAACUGACCUGAAGUUUGCCUAAAAAUAUAAAUUGAGACAAUUAUUAAACUAGAAUACUAAAAACAAAUUUCAAUAUGCUUUAGCAUUAAAUAAAUAUUCAAGUUUAAAUUUGCAUCUAGGGAUAAGUAAAGCAAUAAGUUAAAUAAAGAACCUUGUCCUAGAGAUGAUCUUGAAUCGUUGGCAUAUAUUCUGAUAAACUUUUAUAUAGGAGGUCGAUUAUUUAAAACAAAGCAGAAGAAAACAAAAAGUGAUAAAAUUAAAGAAGUUGAAUUAUAAAAAAUGAAUCUGAUAAUUGAGAAAGCAUUUCCAUCAUUACCAAAAGAAAUUAUAUAAUUUUAUUAUCAUGUGAAAUUGUCAAAUAUUGAUUAAUACAAAAUUAUCAAUUAUGAUGAACUUAAAUCAUACUUUUAUAAAAUGAUGUAGAAAAACAAUAAUACAAUAAACAUAAAAUCUUAUCCAUGGGUAAUACUAUUUAAAUAUCAAUAUGAAGAAUCAAGAGUUAAUUGAACAUUCAAAAUAGAGUUCUGCUAGUAGUUUAUCUUCAGUAGUCGAAGAUGAUGAAAAUGAAUCCGAUGAUUCACUAAUUGAAGAAUAGUCAAUCCUAAGUGUUAUUGAGCAAUUGAAACAAAUUACUAAAACUAAAAAACUACUUUCUGAAUUGGAUAAUUGA